AUGGAAGUUGCCAGAAAGCUCUUGAUUAAGAGACGUAAUGUCGAAUAUGUAUUACAGUAUAGCAAUGUGACUCCUUUUAUGUGGCAUAAGGGCAAGUACAAAUGUUUUUAUUGCAACGAAACAACCAAAGACCCAGGCCUGCUAAGAGAACACACUGCAAAAAUUCACCAAUUUGCAAAUCUAGAACUAGCAGUUUUUGACAGAACAAAGAAUAACAGAAAUAAAGAUGCUGCAGUUAAAAUCGAUGUUACUGGAAUAUCUUGUAAGCUUUGUCCUCAAGCUGUAACGAAUUUAGAAGAACUUAUACAUCAUUUGAUUAUCGCACACGAUGCGGAAUAUGACGUCAGCGUUCCAAAUUGCUUGCUACCCUUCAAAUUAGACAAAGACCAACCUACUUGUCCCACAUGUAAUAUGAAAUUUGUUUUCUUCGAAUAUUUGCUUAGACAUGCUAACAAGCAUCACUUAUCACAUCACUAUAUUUGUGAUGUAUGCGGCACCAGUUUCCAAGGAGAAAACCAUUUAAAAAUGCAUUACAGGUACUAUCAUAGAGAAGGAGGCUAUACCUGCGACUAUUGUGGUAUAAGUCUUGCGACAUUAUCAAAGAAAAUUCUCCACGAGAAGAACGUGCAUUUGGUGAAUCUUUCAACUUGCCCUCAUUGUCCGGAAACCUUCAAAAGUCCGUACCUAAAGAAACUGCACAUGGCAAAUGUUCAUGGCGUAGAGGAACUUAAAAUUAAGUGUCCUUAUUGCUCAAAAGUGUAUCCGCAAGAGUCCAUAAUGUCGAGACACAUGCGACGAGUGCACUUGAGAGAGAAGAACGUUGAAUGCGAAGUUUGUGGCGACAAAUUCUUCGGACCGUACGAUGUAAAGUUGCACAUGGUCAAACAUAACGGAGACAAGAAAUUUGUUUGCUCUGUGUGCGGCAAGAAGUUCUCUAAGCGAAGUAAUUUAAAUUCUCAUGUGGUAUUACACACCCGGGACAAAGAUUACAUAUGUGGGAUUUGUACUAAAGCUUUCGCUCACCAAACAAAUCUCAAAAUGCACAUUAGAAACAGACAUUCAGAUAUUCCGUUUGAUGAAACCAGAGUGGUUGAUGAAAUUGAUGAAAGUGAAAUGGUUCAAAUGGAAAUAAUCAAAGAUGACUUGGAAGGUGAAGUAGCUGGACAGUAUAUUCAAUGA